UCCGGCUUCACCCGUUGGCGUCUCUUCUUCACGCGCAGUGAGAGCACCGAGGAGGAGGAGGGAAACAGAAAAUGGCGGACGGUGUUGACCACAUCGAUAUUUACGCGGAUGUAGAAGAAGAAUUUAACCAGGAGUCGGAUUAUCCUGUUCAUGACCAGAUUGACCUGUAUGACGAUGUCAUCUCGCCAUCUGCCAACAACGGGGACGCACCCGAGGACCGAGAUUACCUGGAUUCCCUUCCUGCACCUGGAGGCAACGAGGGCUCCAAAGGGGCUCCAGCUAAUGUCGUCUACACCUACAAUGGCAAACGGAUCGCUCUGUACAUCGGAAACCUCACAUGGUGGACCACUGAUGAAGAUUUAACAGAUGCCAUUCGCUCAAUAGGCAUCAAUGAUGUGCUGGAGAUCAAGUUUUUUGAGAACAGAGCAAAUGGCCAGUCUAAAGGGUUUGCUCUGGUCUGCGUGGGAUCAGAUUCCUCUUCCAGGAAGCUCAUGGAUCUGUUGUCUAAACGGGAGCUGCAUGGACAAAACCCCAUCGUCACCCCUUGCAACAAACAGUCUCUCAGUCAGUUCGAGAUGCAGUCACGAAAAAGUGAGCGCAGAGGAUUCGACAAUUCACAUUAUCAUAAAGGCACACAGUCAGGACAGAUGUCAGGAGAGGGGAAGGCUGGUCCUCCAGGCUCAGGAUCUCGAGGUGGAGGAUUCCCUCCUGGCAAAGGUCAGAGACGCUUUCCUGGCCCACCUGGACAAGGAGACCGCUUCCCUGGACCGGUUGGACCUGGCGGUCCUCCACCACACUUCCCAGGUAUGCAGGGCCCACCACGUCUUCCCUCUGGCCCACCUGGGCCCCUGGGACCUCCAGGCCCCCCUCCACCUGGACAAGGUCUGCCUCCUCCCCUCGGCGGACCCCCUAACAGAGGAGACCGUCCUCCUCCACCUGUCUUGUUUCCUGGUCAGUUCGGGCAACCCCCAAUGGGCCCGAUGCCUCCUGGGCCUCCCCCACCAGGAUACGGGCCUCCCCCAGGCCCCCCUCCACCUCAGCAGGGACCACCCCCUCCAGGACCCUUCCCUCCCCGUCCACCUGGGCCCUUAGGACCCCCGCUUGGCCUCGCACCCCCACCACACAUGCAGGGACCCCCACCUGGAGGCCCACCGCCGGCUCCUCACGUCAACCCGGCCUUCUUCCCACCACCUGGAAACAACAUGCCAUCAUCUGACGGCAGAGGACCCCCACCUGGAGACCCGUACGGCCGCCCACCUCCUUAUGACAGAGACUUCCCUGGUGGCAGGGACAUGGAUGCGUCUCGCACUCCCCUGAGCGAAGCUGAGUUUGAGGAGAUCAUGAACCGGAACAGAGCGAUUUCCAGCAGCGCUAUUUCAAGGGCCGUUUCUGAUGCCAGUGCAGCUGAUUACGGCAGUGCUAUAGAGACUCUGGUGACGGCCAUCUCUCUGAUCAAGCAGUCGAAGGUUUCUGCUGACGACCGCUGCAAAGUUCUCAUCAGCUCACUGCAGGACUGCUUGCAUGGAAUCGAGUCCAAAUCGUAUGGCUCUGUGGCAGGUGCCAUGGCAGAUUUAAAUCAGGGACACAAUGGAUUUUACCGACGGGAGCGGUCCAGGGAGAGAGAUCACAGUCGCUCUCGUGAGAAGAGCCGCCGGCACAAAUCUCGCAGUCGAGACCGGCAUGAGGAUUACUACCGGGAGCGCAGCCGAGAGAGAGACCGCCAUCGUGAGCGAGACAGAGACCGCGAGAGAGACAGAGAACGCGAGAGGGAAUAUCGCCACCGUUAAUAGGAGAAGAAGCUGAACGCAAGAGGAGGAGGAGGAGACGCCAGGAGCAACGAGGAUUCAUCGCGCACACACAAACACCGUCACGGAGAGCGCCGGACUCCGGACACACUAAAAAAAGUAGAGUUCUGUACAAUACUAUAUACUCACUCUCUUAAUUCCCUGCAGCUCUUUUUAUUUUGUACUUUUAUUUGGAAGUAGCUGUGUGCUUAAGUCAGUUCAGCUUGUUUUGGCCAAGGAAGUGAAUUAUUUGCCUGCUCGUUCAAAAAAAGAAAAAAAUACACACACACAACUUUCCGACUGCUAUAAUGUUGUAAAUUGUCAGUUAGCUAGAUUUGUUUUUAUAGGAUCCUUUCUUUCGUUUCGUGUUUCUUCCCUCAUUUCCCCCCCUUCCCAUUAUCCAUAUAAUGUUUGUAAGUGUCUUUUGGCUUGAUUAUUAAAUAGAAUCUGUGUUGUAAUAAAGUGUGUACUGUUUAUACUUGAUUUAUUUAGUCAACUGGCUUAAUAUGCUUUAUUUAUUGUACAAAAAUGCACUUUUUUAUUUAUUUAUUUCACUUAGGAAGCACAUUUUGACUACUUUUGUUUAUUUUUUUAAUUACGAGCUAUAUAUUCUGUGCCUUUUUAUGGUUUACAAAAUUUUAAGUGGUUCAUGUAAUGUAUAACGAACACCAUUUAUGGAUAGAUUGUGUAAAUCUUUUAUUUUAACCUCAAAUUCUUGUAGGUUUCUUGUUUUAAAUAAUUUCUGAAUGGUUCUCUUGAUUGUAAUUGCAUCUACUGCUUUCAAAUCUGUGAAAUGCUACUUUAUUUUCCCCAAAUUCAGCCUUUUUUGAAGUGAUUAUUAAUGGUUCAUAAAUAACAUCUGAUGCAUAUUUUUUGCAUUUGUAAAAUAUGCACAUUUCCAUUGUUUUGAGUGUGUGUAUAUAUAUACGUUCAGGCCAUAUUAUGUUUGAUUCUGCUAAAUUUAGAAGCUUUUAAAAUGCUACAUUUUCACAUUGAUUGUGUAUAUAUAUUUUUAGUAUGUGUGCAUCACUUGUAAAAAGGAUAUAGUGCUCAUUUUUCUACAUGCAACAGUUGAUUAAGCAAGAAAUAAGUGCAUCAAUGCUUUAAUGUAAAUAGUGAGGCGUUUUAUUUUGAAACUGAGAUUUGAGCGAUGCAUUUGAACACAUUCCUGACUGCUCUGUCAGUUUUCAUCUCUCUGCGUGGAAAGUUGAUGUAAAUUCAUGAGUUUCUCAUUUAAAGCCUGUGGGUUUUGGCUUGUUUGACGGUUUAUUAAUGUAAUCGGGGCAAUGUUGAAAUUAUUCAAGUGGUUCUUGCAACCACUCAGUAGUGAAGUGGACAAACAGCUUCAUUCUGGGUUCCUGUUUCACACCCAUAGUCAUCUGGACUGAGAGGUAAGUCCAUUUUGUCUUGAAUAUAAAGCUAGAUGUGUGUCUGCAAACAGUAACAGCUCUAUUAAUUGACAUUUGAACUGUUGCAUUGUUCUGCAUUGUCCUUGAGGGUCAGUCCACAUGUAUAAUUAAUUGCACUUGAUUGGGAUGGACUACAUGUAAUAUACUCAUUUACAAUUUUUAGACUAUUUUUGCCAAUUAAUAAACUUUUCUUCACUA